GUGGUUGGACACAUCAAAUAUUCACAAUUUAACAUAGACUACAUGACCUAAAACAAAGUAGCCUACCAUGGAUGAAGUAGCCAUGAUCAAUCAAGAAAAAUUCAGACACCCAUACCAUGAUCUUGAUGACAUGGUUUUCUGGUUCCACGAUGAAGAAGAAGUUCUAGAAAGUUCGCAAAAAUCGAGAACAUUCAUCGAUGAAGAAGAAGAAGAUAAAAAAGAAAAUGAAGAGAAUAACAAUAGUGAAGAGCGAAAAGCAUUUUGGGAGUUGCAAGAGGAACUUCUCCAAACAACCUUGUAUAGGACCACUAGCUUCGAGGCUAGGGUUAGGAAGGCUGCUAAGGAUGCUAUAACGAAGCUGAACUCCGCCGCCGGCCAUGGCUGUUCUUGCCGGAAAACGGCCGCCGCCGUGAGCUGCGCAAGAUGUGGAUUGAAAGAAAUGUCGACUCUGCUUCAAAAUGAUGGAUUUGAUUGCGUCGUGUGCGUGUCGAAAUGGAAAUCUUCAUCGCAAAUUCCAGCAGCGGGACAACACACAUAUUUGGAAGUUGUGGAGAGUGGGGGCUCCAAAAAGGGAGAUAUGAGAGUGAUUAUCGAGUUGAAUUUUAGGGCAGAGUUCGAAAUGGCAAAAUCAAGCCAAGAAUACAAAAAAUUAGUUGCAAAAUUACCUGAGCUUUUCGUGGGAAAAAUCGAAAGGCUUAGGAAUUUGGUAAAAAUAUUAUGUGGUGCUUGUAAGAAAUUCAUGGAGGAGAGAAAAAUGUACGUGGCUCCGUGGAGGAAGCACAAAUAUAUGCAGGCCAAGUGGCGGGGCAAGCCGUUGCUGCCCCCGCCCGUCGCGGUGGUGGCGCCGCCACCGCGGAAGGUGCCGUCGGCGAAGAGGGUGUCGAUGCUUAGUUUUGAUUUUGUAGACACUUUGCUUCACAAUAAGACGGUUGAGGUUAUUUAAUUUAAGAAGGUCUUCUGUAUGAACGUUCGCAUAUGAGAAUUUGUAAUUUUGUUUUGGGAUAAGUUUGUUAGGAUAUAUAUAAGAGUUUUAUUUUUCAUAAGUUUUAAGUCAAGAAAAUGUUGGCCUUUUUUUUGAAUUGUGUAGUUCUUGAUGUAUAUAUAUAUAUGAUGAUUGAACUUAUAUAAGUUUUAAGGCAUUUAUAUGAGUACAAAAUAGAAAAACAUAUUAUUUU